CGCGUAGUUGAAUUAUGAACCGCCUUUGAUAAACACACGGUACAGGUGGACCAUUAAUGAAUGCAUGACCGCGUUUGAAUGGGUCCGUUUGUGUAGACUAUUGGAUCAGUCAAACUGUCAUGCGAAACCAUUUAUUUAUCGGCCACGGCAUCACGAAAAAUUCAAGUACAGUUUGCCAAAAUUUAACAGCUUCUUCUGUCGAUACGGUCCCUCCGAGGCCGAGUAUCACCCGUUAUCCACGGAGCCCAGUCUCAUGGUCGGCUUCGCAAAGACUUGGUUGAAUGCAAUGCGGCUAUGAUGCGAAACCAUUCGGCAACAAGGUAGUCGUGAGUUCGUUGUCAGUUGACCCACAAGAGACAGUAUUGUGACUGAGUUUAUGCACGGAGGAAGGAAAACAUGGUGUUGUCACAUGGAACGUUUUUGUUGCGAACACAAAAAAAAGAACUGUAUUCUUUCCAGUCUGUACUUUUAUGCUUUCAUCGAUGCUUGAUCGAUGGGACCUAACCGUGAACCCGCUAUACACCAAGCAUUGAGUAUGCACCAACCGUGACGUUUUACAGAUCCAUAAAGCCCAAGUAAACAGCACUUGCACCUGAAUCGGGCUUUGAUUUGCAUACAAACAUAACAUUACAAGGCUUUAUAGCAGUAACGUUUCUGUUGAUUUGCACAUUUCAGACGUAGGCCUACGUAUACACCAGCGACGACUUUGCAGGCUCUCACAUGUUGGACCCUGUCUCAGAUAAACGGUCGAUAAAACUAGAAAUAUUAUUUGCCUCCCAAACACAUGCAGCUCAGCCUAUUGAACCCAGUUGAUUGCAUUACGAGUAGGCUAUUCAUUUGAGUAACAUUACAGAAGAGCCUAGCCACCAUGCGAGUACUGACAGACGCUCAGACGAGCAGCACGGAAGAUGCCGUUGAUUUCCACAAUGUGGCCCAUCCUGAGAAACUCCUGGCCGCGCUGAAAGACCAGCGGCUGGACCGUCGAUUUACCGACGUCGUCUUGCGAGUUGAAGAUAAGGAGUACCACUGCCACAGGAAUGUUCUGACGGCCUCCAGUGCCUACUUCAGGAGCAUGUUUCUCAACGACAUGAAGGAGAGUCGGGAGAGAAUGGUUGUCAUCAAAGGAGUUACUUCAACCAGCAUGGAGUUGGUCUUGGAUUAUGCGUAUUCGUCUAGAGUGAGCAUCACGCCUAGUAUCGUGCAGGGUCUUCUGAGCGCUGCGGACCUACUGCAGAUAAUUCCGGUGAGGAAAGCGUGUGAGUCGUUUCUGAAGGAUCGUAUCCACGCUUCCAACUGUCUUGGAAUCUACUUGCUAGCUGAGCAGCAUUCUUGCAAGGAGCUCUCACACGAGGCCUGGUCCUAUGCCCUGGAUAACUUUCCCCGGGUCUGCUGCUAUGGAGAAAUCCUGAAGCAAUCCCUGGCGAUCUUGGUCAAGUAUUUUUCAAGCGACGAGCUUGUAGUUGAGUCGGAGGAGGACGUGUGCGAAACCAUGCUGAAGUGGACGCUGGCCGACAUGAGCCAGCGGCAUAGCCAUCUGCACGUUUUGCUUACUCACCUACGCUCCCACCUGCUGCCUCGGAAGUAUCUCACGGAGAGAGUCCUCACCAACGAAAUCAUCACUGGGGCCAUCGACACCAACAAACUAUUGAGUUCCUAUUACGGUGGCAGCGAGAUUUUUGUCUCGGGUAGGCUGAACAGAAGACAGACUCGUUCCCGUAAAGUCAUCGUCAUUGUGGGUGGCGUAGGGCCGGCAAACACCAAGCUCAGAGAUCUGAAAUACUACGACCCUGUCGACCGACGGUGGGGCACUCUGACCCUGCUCCCGGCCUCAGCAGAGUCCGUGAGCGGCGUGGAGGUAGUCAACAACGACAUCUAUGUCACGGGCUUCAGGGGGGAUGUCUCGGUAUUCAAGACGACCAGCGGCCGGUGGGAGACCCUGACAUCUCCGGAGAUUGAGGCGGGAACCAGACAGAGAAGGGUAGCGGCCAUACUAGAUGGCUUCAUCUACCUUGUAGGCGGUUAUGACGGUACGGCAAGGUUGGCAAGAGUGGACAGAUUCGACACGAGGACCAAGACAUGGCAAGAGGUGACAUCUCUACCAGAAGCUGUCAGCUCGCCCGCCGCCGUCUCGCACGGCGGCAAGCUCUACGUUUUCGGUGGAGCUCUCUCGGACGAGGUGGCCACCGACCGCGUGCGGUGCUACGACCCAGGAUCCAACCGUUGGUUCCCCCGGGCACCGAUGCCUCACGCUCUGUCAGGGAUCGCGGCCCGGGUCCUGGGGGACCGUAUCUACAUCGUGGGGUGUUUGUCUCAAAUCGUACACCGGUACGACCCGAUCUCUGAUACCUGGAGCCAGGUGACUAGUAUGCGACGCACGCGGGCGCUAUGCUCGGCCGCAGUCUGUGACGAUAAGUUGUACGUGAACGGAGGAGAGGACCAACCCAACAGUUUGACGGAUUCCAUGGAGUGCUACGACCCCGUGGCAAACCGAUGGACGCCGUGCUACGGACUUCCCUAUCCAGUCAAACUACACAGCUGUGUUGCGAUCAUCAAAAGACUUUAAACGAUCGAUAUUGACCAUUCACUUCACUAUGAACCUGUUUGAAAAAAAAUGAGCAUGAUCACCAACACAAUCUUAACCAAGUUCAAAAGAAACCAAACAUUGUUUACGCCAAGUGACAACUUGGGAACCGCCAACAUAGUGUGGAUAUCGCAAUUGAUGGAGCACUGGAACGGCAAUCCGGAGGUCGCAGGUUCAAACCCCGUUGGAUUGAGGGAUGGUUGGGUGCCACCGCCUCUCGUCUUAUCGAUUUAAUUACUUUGACAUUUAUACUGAAUUUUUU